AUGAAAGGAAAAGGGCGGAAGUACCAAGGAAUAGUAAAGCAAAUAAUAGCAACAUAUAUUAAUGUAAUUGUGGACGGUAACACGUGGAGGAGGAAAAAUGAAAGGGGAAAAGGGAAAGGAGGGGAAAAGGGACUGGUGGGAGGAAUGAAACCGGCCAUGAUCGGUCGACAUGACGCAGGCGGUCCCACCGGUAGCGGCACAUCACAGAUCCCUCCACCACUACACCCCUCCACUUUUCCAAACGAAAAUACGCAUUAUAGUGUACAUUUUCUCAGAGCGCAGUUCAAUAGAUGCCCACCCGGGUUUAAUGCCUUCCGUAGAUUUUAA